AUGAAUAUUUCCGCACUACUCUACUUCUUUCAGAUCCUAUGGGCAGCUCCUGGGCUUGUCCGCUCGCGAGGAAUCGGUUCAUACAAUACUUCACGAUUUGAAGUACAUGCCUUACCAGGCGUUUCGGACCUACCAUCCAGCUGGGCUGGUCGCCUUCCGGUUCCGGGGACAGAGGAUGGAAAUGAGAUCUUUUUCUGGCUAUUUCAAUCAGAGCAGCCGGCAUACGAUGACAAUCUGAUCAUUUGGUUCAAUGGCGGCCCUGGCUGCUCAUCCUUGAUAGGUCUGACGACCGGCAAUGGACCCAUUUCCUUCGAUGGCAAUUCGACUCGAUUUAUUCGCAAUCCACACUCAUGGACAAAGCUAGGCAAUGUGCUUUACGUUGAUCAGCCCGUCGGCACUGGCUACUCCACGGCCAGCUUCCCAUACCCGGUUAAGGACAAUGUUCGGGUAACGACAGACUUCACGCAGUGGUUGCGUGGCUUCUUCGAAUAUUUCCCGCAACUGCAGUCAAAGCAGAUCCAUCUGAUGGGGGAGUCAUAUGCGGGCAUCUACAUACCCUAUUUCGCAUCGGAGCUUCUCGACGGCAACAAUUCCCUGCCUCUCAAUGUGCGUUCUAUGUCUCUGGGUGAUGGAUCCUGGGGAAAUGGAGCAGCCAUGGCGGACGUUGCAAUGGGUAAAUAUAUCAGGUCACAGUUGGGCUUCCUCCAAAUCCCUGAAGAUGUUCUAUCUGUCUUCGACGAAGCCGAUAAAACCUGCGGCUUCAACGACGUGCUAGCAAAAUCCGCCGUAUACCCUCCCCUGGGUAAAAUACAUAUCCCCGGAAACCCAGAAUACUUCAACCUCCGACGUCGAGACUUGACAAAUGCCGUCAACGCGACAUGCGACAUCUCACCCAAAACCCCCGAAGCAGUCCACACAUCAAUCUUCAACUCAACUUGCUACGGCCCCUGCGCCGUCUUCUCUACAGCAAGUGAUUACCUGACAGCCGUAUUCACCAACCGCAAAAUUCGGGGCUGCUUCGACAUCUACGACGUUUCCCACGACUGCAGUGCCAUUUCAGAGCUCCCACUAAUGGCAGAGUACUUCGGCCGCGCAGAUGUCCAGGCUGCCCUUCACGUCGAUAAUAGCGGACUCUACAACGCCUGCAACUCCACAAUUCUGGGCACGCUACUAUCAGUGCCCUCCCCCGUGCCGCCGGAGUACUUCAUCCUCCCGUCUCUGGUUACUGACCACAAUAUCUCGCUCCAUAUCUACUCUGGCGAGUGGGACAUGAUGAUCAACCACUUUGGCGCGGAACUCUCGCUACAAAAUAUGACGUGGGGUGGUGCUCAGGGCUUCGCGCAGAAGCCGGUCAAACCUUUCUUUGCGGAUAAUGCCGCGCCGUCGGCGACCAAGCAGCUCCUGCUCCACCACACACCGGUUGCUACUACAUUAUCGACUGCGACCCCGACUGCUGCUGCUGCGGGUACGUGGACUAUGGAGCGUGGUGUUUCGUAUCACUUAUUCCGUGGGGCUGGCCAUAGUGUCUUUGUGAAUAAGCCGCGCGAGAUGUUCUCCUUUGUGAGGGAUGUGGUUGUUGCUCCGAGGGCUGGCUGA